AUGCGAAACUUCUACUUGCGGGGCGGGCCGCCCUCCCGCGUGCCUUGCCCGGCUCUCGCGAGCGCCGCGCUCUUUCUGCCGGAGGUGGGGCCGGGUCCGGGCCGUUGCGCGGCGGUACCGCGGUGUCGCUCCUUCUCCCAGCCUUCCCGCCUGCGGAAGACGCGGAAGCUGCGCGGACACGUCAGCCACGGCCACGGCCGCAUCGGCAAGCACAGGAAGCAUCCUGGCGGCCGUGGUAAUGCCGGUGGUAUGCAUCAUCACAGGAUUAACUUUGACAAAUACCAUCCUGGUUACUUUGGAAAAGUAGGCAUGAGGCACUAUCACUUAAAGAAAAAUCAAAAGUUCUGUCCUACGGUCAAUUUGGAUAAACUAUGGACACUCGUUAGUGAGCAGACCAGACUCAAUUAUGCCAAAAACCAGGCCGGCCUAGCCCCAGUCAUCGAUGUUGUGCGCUCAGGAUACUACAAAGUCCUGGGCAAGGGGAAGCUGCCCAAACAGCCUGUAAUUGUGAAAGCAAAGUUCUUCAGCAGAAGAGCAGAGGAGAAAAUCAAAGAAGUUGGUGGUGCCUGUGUGCUUGUGGCAUAAAGGCCUUAACAUUCUAAUCAACUUUUUUGAAUAAAGAAAAUGUGUAAAAGUUAUGGCCAAUUUGAUUU